AUGAGGGCGGCCGCCACCUACGUCCUGUUCCUUGCCCACCUCGUACAGGUGACAACUGCGAGUGGAUUCUUCGAGGUGCAGAUUCUCUCGCUGACGAACAACAGGGGCACCCUGGUGGACGGCAGGUGUUGCGGCGGGGGAGGCGGGGGCGGAAGAUUCCCACCAUGCACGACACCCUGCACGACAAUCUUUUGGCUCUGCCUCAAGGAGUAUCAGUCAAACGUCACUGCCAUCGGCUCCUGCAGCUUCGGCAAUGUAUCUAGUCACGCACUCGGCACGAACACCUUCACCCUCGUGGAACCCACCACCCUGCAACUCCACUUCACCUUCCGAUGGACGAGGCAAUUCACGUUGAUCCUGCAAGCGAGGGACGUGGUGAGCGCCGGCGUGAUCGAGGAAGCGAGUUACAGCGGUAUCGUCCUGCCGGGACCAUCGUGGCAUACGCUCAAUCAUCAAGGAAGAAACGCGCACUUGGCGUAUCGGGUGCGAGUCCAGUGCGCCGAACAUUACUACAAUGCCACCUGCACCAAGUUCUGCCGACCUAGAAACGAUAUUUUCGGUCAUUACAACUGCGAUAGUAACGGAGACAAAGAAUGCAUAGAGGGAUGGAAAGGCGUCGAUUGCGAGACAGCUGUCUGCAAGGAGGGCUGCCACCCCGUGCACGGCCACUGCAACGUAAGCGACGAGUGCCAAUGUCGGCACGGUUGGCGUGGCGAGUUGUGCGACCAGUGCAUGCCAUAUCCCGGUUGCAAGCACGGUUACUGCAACGGCUCCAGCUGGCAAUGCAUCUGCGACACCAACUGGGGUGGCAUACUGUGCGACCAGGAUCUCAACUAUUGUGGCACUCACGAACCGUGUCAGCAUGGUGGCACGUGCGAGAACACUGCACCCGAUCAGUACCGUUGUACGUGUCCGGAAGGUUUCUCUGGACCGAACUGCGAGAAAGUGGACAAUCCCUGCGCGUCCAACCCUUGUCUGAACGGGGCAACCUGUCUUAAACUGGGCGAGACGGUGCAAUGCGAGUGUGCUCCAGGUUACGGCGGACCGUAUUGCGCGACCGACAUCGACGAAUGUGCCUCGCAACCGUGUCAAAACGGCGGUACCUGCGUAGAUAGCAAGAACGGUUUUGCGUGUAACUGUCCGCCCGCCUGGCAGGGUGUGCUCUGCCAAUUUGACGUGGAUGAAUGUGCGCUCAUGGAGUCGCCCUGUCAGAACUUCCUCACCUGCGUCAACCUAGCCGGCGACUACAGGUGCCGAUGCCAGAGCGGCUUCAACGGCAAGAACUGCACGAAAAACAUCGACGAUUGCCUCGGUCAGUGCCAGCAUGGGGCGCUCUGCAUCGAUCUGGUGAACGACUACUACUGCAGCUGCACCGCCGGCUAUUCCGGCAAGGAUUGCGACGUCAACAUCAACGAGUGCGCGUCCAAGCCGUGCCAGAACGGCGGCGAGUGCCGCGACCUGGUGAACGCUUACGAGUGCGUGUGCCCGGUGGGCUUCACCGGUUACCAAUGCGAGAUUGAUCGCGAUCACUGCAGCCCGAAUCCUUGCCACAACUCGGCGCCGUGCUUCAACACACAGACUGACUACUACUGCCACUGCCCGGCACAAUGGCAGGGUAAAAACUGCUCGGAGCCGGCGUUGCACAGCUUGCAAUUCGGCAUCCUGGACAAUGAACAGAUCGGCUGCGGCAGUGAGGGUACGCCGUGUGGCGGCAGGGGUAGAUGCAGCGGUGGCCGAUGCAUCUGCGACGCGGGCUACACCGGCACGCACUGCCACGAGAACAUCAACGACUGCCGCAGCAAUCCCUGUCUGAACGGCGGCACAUGCGUCGACCUGGUUAACUCAUUCCAGUGCAUCUGCAGGGAGGGCUGGAGCGGCGAUCUUUGCGACCAAGACGUAGACGAGUGUAUGACGCAACCCUGCCGCAACAACGGCACCUGCGUGGACGGCGUGGCGGACUUCACCUGCAUCUGCCGCGGCGGUUGGAAGGGCAAGACCUGCGCGCUUCGUGGCGGUCAUUGCGAGCCGGCCACUUGUCGAAACGGCGGCACCUGUCAGGACCGCGGCGACAGUUUCACGUGUCACUGCCCGCCAGGUUGGGAGGGCGCGGCCUGCCACAUCGCGUCGCCCUCGGCGUGCGCGAGUCAUCCUUGCGAGAAUGGUGCCACUUGCGUGAACACGGCGGACGGCAAGUACCGAUGCGUCUGCCGCGAGGGUUUCGAGGGCCCGAAUUGCCGGCGCGACGUCGACGACUGCCAACCGCUGCCUUGCCUGAACGGAGGCAAGUGCGUGGAUGGCGUGAAUUGGUUCAGGUGCGAGUGCGCGCCCGGCUUCACCGGCCCGGAUUGUCGCAUCAACGUGAACGAGUGCGCGAGCGACCCGUGCACCGGGGGUGCUACCUGCGUGGACGGCAUCGCGAGAUACUCGUGCAUCUGCCCACCCGGUAGGACCGGCGUGCGAUGCGAAAUCCGAACGGCCGGCGGGCCCGGCUGCUCCACUGCCACGUGGAACGAUGAUUGCAACAUAUGCGAGUGCCGAAACGGCAAGAACCAAUGUAGCAACGUCUGGUGCGGGCCGGGUAACUGCGUAAACGGCAGCUCCUGUCUGGCCCACGAGGUAUGCGUUCCUAGCCCGGGCGAGAGCUGCCUGUCACCACCGUGUCCGGCAUGGGGUGAAUGUCGCCCUGUCGAGACUGGUCGGCGAGUUGGUCCACCGGCGUUACCGGCCCCACCGUCCUGCUGGCCCGGACAAUCCACCCCCGGACCAACCUGCUCGAGACUGACGAUACUGCUGCGUCGGGAUACUCUGGCGCCUGGUACAUCAGUCGAGUUGCUGUGCCGUCGCUUGAGGAAGCUUCUCGCAGAUCCGCGUCGCCCGCAGUCGGUGGUGUUGCUGUGCGAUCUGAAGCCAGGUGACAACGACACCGUGGAGGUGACCAUCUUCUCUGAAGCAGCAGCCGAUGCAGCCCGCGAUCUUGGCGAGGCGCUUAGCCGUCCGUUGGCGAGACCUCUCGCUCUGGCCUCCGUGCUGGAAGUCAAAGUCGAGACGGCGCUACUCAGCGAGCCCAGCUCGGCGGGAGCAAGUAAUGGUGGUUACGUGGCCGUUCUGGGCAGCGCUCUGGCGAUCGUACUGCUGUUGGCAUUGUUCGGUGGUCUUUGGUACCUCAGGAGCAUGAGGCACAGAUCGAGCUUGACAGCGACCACCAGCAGCGAGACAUCGUUGCAUCGCCAUCGCAGCGACCUUGACGAGAAGUCAAACAACCUGCAGAACGAGGAGAAUCUGAGGAGAUACGCCAAUCCGCUGAAAGAUCAGGAUCCCGAGCCCAGGGUGUCCGUCGUGCGACCUUUGUCGGGUACCUCACUCGGCACCUUGACCGGCGCUGAAGAAAGUCUCGAGAUGGUGUCAGAAGACAGCAGACAUUGUUUGCCGCCGCUUUACAAACCGCCCAGUGCAGAAGCUAGAAACAAUACGGCCAGUUUUAGCUACGAGGAGGGGCCGCACAAGCCCUACAGCAAGCCCAGAUUACAAGAACCAUCAUACUCUCAUCAGCAGCCGGGAACCAGCCAGACGUCGGGGCUACAUCAAGUGUUGACGGUACACGUGUGAUCAAAUAUCGUUAAAACGAACAGUCGGAGAAUAAUUAGUGUCAGUGAUCCUCCUGAUUUCUCUUGAAGCAGCAAUCGAUGAUACGCGAAUGAAGAUUCUUAGAAACGAUAGAAGAUAUCAUUAGAUGAGAAAUAGACGUAACGCCACCGAGACUGAAAGCUUAUUUGGACGAUGUAAUUCAUUGUGAUAACGGGAAAUAACUCUUUCAACUUCGAGAUAAAUUUGAGAUGGCUCUUCUCUGCGCUUCUCUUUCGUGAAUGUUGAGCCCGCAUUUAGAGUGUAUUAAAGAAUAAACGGAGGGAAAGAGAAAAGAGACGCACGAUUAUAUUCAAGAUAAUCGUAAUAAUUAUAUUAAUAGUUUUUUGAUAUCCGUGGAAUUUAAUGAAAAAGAAAGUGCCUCAUGUUAUUUCCAAUUUAUUCAGAAUAUCGUUAUUAAAUGUUUGACUUCUGGAUAAUUGCUCAACGAUGUCAAUAAUACAUUCAUGAAUGAUAUUUCUUCUAAAAUUUCGUAAGUCGUUACGAGAAACUUGUUUCUUUCUCCUUCUCCACGUUUUCUUUCCUCGUGCUCCUGCGAUAUGCGACAAUAAGCGAUCGACAAUUAUAAAUAAUAUUAAUAAUAAUGAUCAUUUUUGUUAUCGUUGUACAUAUGUACAUAACUCGUACUUAUUAAUUUCACUAAGCCUGUAUCUCCCGCUCAUCCUUCCUAUAUGCGCCUUAAUUUCAUACGUUUUACAUCUCAAUCUCAUAUCCUUUUGAUAGCAUAUUAAUAUGUAUUUGCCCUGCCAUCGGUAGAAUUUAUUUGCAUAAUUUUGGUGCGGCUGUACGAUGUAUGUUUGUCGUAUAUAAUAAUCUACGAAGCGAAGCUGCGCUGUAUUCAAGAUGGAAUAAACGGAUAUGUAAUGUGUAAAUAAAUUCAACGAGAAUGCGACUUUUUCUAUAGAUAUUAUUCGCGAAUAUCUUAAUUAAUAUUGCGCAGGCAUUGCUUAAUCAUUGUAUGUAAAACUAUGCUUUGUAUGAUAUUAUGUGGGCUUCAAACGUUCCUUCAGACGAUAUUAUUGUGAUACUCAUAAAAGAAACGUCAUUGUGUAGGAUUAUUAUGGUAUAUUCCACGACACAUCUGCUUCAAGAUCUUUUUAUUUAUUUCAAAAUUUUUAUUAUUCACGAGAACAUGGCUCUCAUGCAAAGAAAAAUUAUCACUCUACAAAAACUUCGGCAACUUCUUCAUGUAAUAAAGAAAAGUUGCAACAUUACAAACAGAAUAUAGUAAUGUUCGUUUUGCACUUAUACUUUAUAUUGAAAUUGAUAAUAAAACAACGAAAUUUCUACUUUCUGCAUUAACAAAACUUUUUUAAUGCAUAUAAAUAUUAAAUGAGAAACUUACAUGUUCUCGACUAAUAUAUCGUCGUUACCGCUUUAAGUCUCUUCGAUAUUUCUAUGAUAAAUCGAGGCAUAUUGACUCGUAAAGAUAACAGCAGUAUGAAUAAUGAUUUAGGAUGCAUUCGAAGGCAAUGAAGGCAAUGAAGGCGAACGAUGUAUAUAGUGACGCUAUUGCAUCGUGGAGCGAUGUAAAUAAGUUCAAACGCAUACGUCCAGAUCGUUCUCACCCCAGUCAUCCAUUGAUACCAUCUUUAGAUGUGCAAUUUGUUUUCCUUUUCUUAUAUUAAUGUUCUUCCAGCUCUCCAAGCGAAGCGUUCGUAAAGGCGCAUAAGUUAGCUUAAAUUAAAACGCAUAACUCGUUCUAGGCGUAGAUAGAUUUAUAACAGGAAGGAACAAAGUUUUAUAAUAAAUACUUUAUUUUAUAGAAAAUGUUAUAUUAUUGUACGAAUACAUAGA